CUGGGGCCGGGCGGGGCUGCGUGGGGUCGAGGAGCAGGCGGGGCCGCGGGGGUGCGGCUGUCCCCGCCCCGCACGCUGCUCUGCCGGCCGCUAGAGGAGGGGACGGCGCGGGCAGGCGGGAGCGUUGGAGCGCGCCGGCGGCCCGGGCCCCGCGGGAGCGCGGCUGCGACGCGCGGAGCCGGGACGACGGGUAGGCGGACGGCCGCUUUCCUUGCGUCGCUGCCUCGCGCGGGCCGUUGACCCCGGGGAUGUGAGUGGCACCGCGAGGCCGGCGGGGCCCGGAGCGGCGCGAGGCGAGUCUCAGACGCACCAGCCUGGGGAGAGCUGCUGUCGGGGUGAAGCGGGACCAGCCUCGGAUGCGUUACUUGUGCUUUCUGUAUCUCGGCCAAGAGAAGACCCAGGGGUCCGUGGAGGCCAGCAUGAAGCUGAAGAAGCAGGUGACCGUGUGUGGGGCAGCUGUCUUCUGCGUGGCGGUCUUUUCGCUCUACCUCAUGCUGGACCGAGUGCAGCAUGACCCUGCCCGGCACCAGAGUGGCGGGAACUUCCCUCGGAGCCAAAUUUCCGUGCUGCAGAACCGCAUCCAGCAGCUGGAGCAGCUGCUGGAGGAGAACCACGAGAUCAUCAGCCACAUCAAGGAGUCUGUGCUGGAGCUGACCGCCAACGCCGAGGGCCCGCCCGCCCUGCUGCCCUACUACACGGCCAACGGCUCCUGGGUGGUGCCGCCAGAGCCCCGGCCCAGCUUCUUCUCCGUCUCCCCGCAAGACUGCCAGUUUGCCCUGGGGGGCCGGGGCCAGAAGCCGGAGCUGCAGAUGCUGACCGUGUCGGAGGAGCUGCCUUUCGACAACGUGGACGGCGGCGUGUGGAAGCAAGGCUUCGACAUCUCCUACGGCCCGCACGACUGGGACGCCGAGGACCUGCAGGUGUUCGUGGUGCCCCACUCUCACAACGACCCAGGCUGGAUCAAGACCUUCGACAAGUACUACUCCGAGCAGACGCAGCACAUCCUCAACAGCAUGGUGUCCAAGCUGCAGGAGGACCCGCGGCGGCGCUUCCUCUGGGCCGAGGUCUCCUUCUUCGCCAAGUGGUGGGACAACAUCAACGCCCAGAAGAGAGCAGCGGUCCGCAGGCUGGUGGGGAACGGGCAGCUGGAGAUUGUGACGGGAGGCUGGGUGAUGCCCGACGAGGCCAACUCCCACUACUUUGCGCUGAUCGACCAGCUCAUCGAGGGGCACCAGUGGCUGGAGAAAAACCUCGGUGCAGCCCCGCGCUCCGGCUGGGCGGUGGACCCCUUCGGGCACAGCCCCACCAUGGCGUACCUGCUGCGCCGGGCCAACCUGACCAGCAUGCUGAUUCAGAGGGUGCACUACGCCAUCAAGAAGCACUUUGCCACCACCCACAGCCUGGAGUUCAUGUGGAGGCAGACCUGGGACUCGGACUCCACCACGGACAUCUUCUGCCACAUGAUGCCCUUCUACAGCUACGACGUGCCCCACACCUGCGGCCCGGACCCCAAGAUCUGCUGCCAGUUCGACUUCAAACGCUUGCCCGGCGGGCGCAUCAACUGCCCCUGGAAGGUGCCCCCCCGAGCCAUCACGGAGGCCAACGUGGCCGAGAGGGCAGCCCUGCUGCUGGACCAGUACCGCAAGAAGUCCCGGCUCUUCCGGAGCAACGUCCUGCUGGUGCCGCUGGGCGACGACUUCCGCUACGACAAGCCCCAGGAGUGGGACGCCCAGUUCUUCAACUACCAGCGGCUCUUCGACUUCCUCAACAGCAAGCCUGACCUCCACGUGCAGGCCCAGUUUGGCACCCUCUCCGACUACUUUGACGCCUUGUACAAGAGGACGGGGGUGGAGCCAGGGGCCCAGCCCCCGGGGUUUCCUGUGCUGAGUGGAGAUUUCUUCUCCUACGCGGACCGGGAGGACCAUUACUGGACAGGCUAUUACACCUCCCGGCCGUUCUACAAGAGCCUGGACCGCGUCCUGGAAGCCCACCUGCGGGGGGCGGAGAUUCUGUACAGCCUGGCCGUCGCUCACGCCCGCCGCGCCGGACUGGCCAGCCAGUACCCGCUCUCGAACUUGGCCCUCCUGACGGAAGCUCGGCGCACCCUGGGGCUCUUCCAGCACCACGACGCCAUCACUGGCACCGCCAAGGAGGCCGUCGUGGCGGACUACGGCGUCAGGCUGCUGCGCUCCCUCGUGGGCCUGAAGCAGGUCAUCAUUAACGCAGCUCACUACCUGGUGCUGGGCGACAAGGAGACCUACCACUUUGACCCCGCGGCACCCUUCCUCCAGACGGAUGACAGCCGCCUGAAUCACGAUGCCCUGCCGGAGCGCGCUGUGGUCCAGCUGGACGCCUCACCCAGGUACGUGGUGCUCUUCAACCCGCUGGAGCACGAGCGGCUCAGCGUGGCGUCCCUGCUGGUCAGCUCGCCCCACGUGCGCGUGUUCUCGGAGGAGGGUCAGCCCCUGGCCGUGCAGGUCAGCGCCCACUGGAGCUCCGCCACCGAAAUGGUCCCCGACGUCUACCAGGUGUCGGUGCCCGUCCGGCUGCCGGCGCUGGGCCUGGGCGUGCUGCAGCUGCAGCUGGGCCUGGACGGACACCGCACGCUGCCCUCCUCCACGCGCGUCCACCUGCACGGCCGGCGGCUGGCUGUCAGCCGGCACGAGGCCUUCCCUCUGCGCGUCGUCGACUCCGGCGCCGGCGACUUUGCCAUCAGCAACCGCUACAUGAAGGUCUGGUUCUCAGGCCUUAGCGGGCUCCUCAAGAGCAUCCGAAGGGUGGACGAGGAGCAGGAGCAGCGCGUGGACAUGGAGUUCCUCGUCUACGGCACCCGCACGUCCAAGGACAAGAGCGGAGCCUACCUCUUCCUGCCUGACGGCGAGGCCCAGCCGUACGUGCCCAAGGACCCCCCUGUGCUGCGUGUCACGGAAGGCCCCUUCUUCUCCGAGGUGGCGGCCUACUACGAGCACGUGCACCAGGUGGUGCGGCUGUACAACCUGCCAGGCGUGGAGGGGCUGUCCCUGGAGCUGUCGUCGCUGGUGGACAUCCGGGACUACGUCAACAAGGAGCUGGCCGUGCGUCUCCGCACGGACAUCGGCAGCCAGGGCACCUUCUUCACGGACCUCAACGGCUUUCAGGUGCAGCCCCGGCGGUACCUGAAGAAGCUGCCCCUGCAGGCCAACUUCUACCCCAUGCCGGUCAUGGCCUACCUCCAGGACGCCCGGAGCCGCCUCACGCUGCACACGGCCCAGGCCCUGGGCGUCUCCAGCCUCCGCGAUGGCCAGCUGGAGGUGAUCCUGGACCGGAGGCUGAUGCAGGACGACAACCGCGGCCUGGGCCAAGGGCUCAAGGACAACAAGAGGACCUGCAACCGCUUCCGCCUCCUGCUGGAGCGGCGCACCCUGGGCAGCGAGGUCCCAGACGGCCACUCCUCCAGCUACCCGUCCCUCCUCAGCCACCUGACCUCCGUGUCCCUGAACGCCCCGGUGCUCGCCCUGCCUGUGGCCAAGAGGCAGCGCCCCGCCCCCAGCCUGCGCUCCUUCCACCCCCUGGCCGCCUCCCUGCCCUGCGACUUCCACCUGCUCAACCUGCGCACGCUGCACGCCGAGGACGAUGCCCUGCCCUCGGCGGAAGCCGCGCUCAUCCUACACCGCAAAGGCUUUGACUGUGGCCUCGAGGCCAAGAACCUGGGCUUCAACUGCACCACGAGCCAAGGCAAGGUGGCCCUGGGCAGCCUUUUCCACGGCCUGGACGUGGGCUUCCUGCAGCCGACGUCCUUGACGCUGCUGUACCCGCUGGCCGCGCCCUCCAACGGCACUGACGUCUACUUGGAGCCCAUGGAGGUCGCCACCUUCCGCCUCCGCCUGGGCUAGGGCCUCCCGCGGCCCGGAGACCAGGUCCGUCCACAGAGACUGCCUCCCACACAAGGCCGGGUCGGACGAGCCACGCAGGGCGUCUCCUGUGCUGAUCUACCUCUCAGAACCCGACAGACUGGGCUCGGCCCUGGUUUCCUGGUUGUGGCUGCUUCUGUGUGCGGGGGCCGCCCGCGGCCCGGUGUUGGGGAGCCAGGGCCCACACUGGCGAGAUCAGGGAGACCCGGCCCAAGGUCGGGGUGGGCAGGGCCGGCCUCGGCUCGGGGUGCGAGUGGCCGCCCCGUUGGGCACAGGCCCAAGCACCCAGUCUUUUCCCAGAGUGGGAUGGCGGAGAAGCAGGAGGGGUAGGGGAGGCCCAGGGGGUAACGGCCGGCCUCAGGGCUGGCUGGCGACGGGGGAUCCCGGGGUCGUGUAGGGACUGCCUGUCCCUGCUCGGCAGGCAGGAGGGGAAUGGGGACUGAGCCAGCAGCGGGUGGAGGAGGCAUCACGGCUGUGGGACCCGCCCGCCCUGGCUAGGGGCUGCAGUGUGGCAGGAGGAGUCACUAGACGCUGUUGCGCCAGAGGUCGCAGGACACUUCAGGUACAAAUCCCCGUCUGGGGCUGGGCACUUGGUCUGUGUGUUGAUUUGUGGGAAGGUGGCGGGGCGUGGGGGGUCCUCCACCCCACUGACGCCUCUUCGGUUCCUGUACUCUGCACCCCACUGUCCCCCAGAGCUCCUUCCAAUCGUUGUGGGGGGUGUGUGGUCAACCAGGCUUCCUUCCCUGGAGAGACAGCGGAGCCUCCGAGACGCCGGGCGCGGGCAACCUGAGAGGGCUGUUGGCGCCGCCCCUCCAGCCAGGCCACAGGGCUCCACGUCGGUGCCCCCCCUCCCGGAGGGCCAGGAGCGGUCCUGGCGCGGGACCAGGGGUGUGCGCGUCAUUUGCAGGCACCGCGGCUGCUUUAUUUCCGCUCCAAUUAACAGAGAAAAAUUCACGAUAGCCUCUACCGAUGCUGAAACGACAUCGGCCAAAUUCACAAGCUACCCCUUCUUACAGGUUUAAGGUUAGAAAGGGACGUGCUGAUGUAGAUCAAGGCUGCUAUCAGAAACCCACAGGGAACGGCAUUGCUGGAGUCCAGAGCCGGCCGAGGCCCUACUGGUAUUGAGGGAAGUCCCGGCACAGCCGAGCCCGGCGGUGUGGCCGGUGAGGGCGAUGGAGACGAGGUACAAUUGUCAUUACGUGGGGACAACAGGAGGGCCGGCCCCUGAAGUCAACUGCAGACCUAGCAAGAGCAUUGAUUCCAUAAGCUGACCCCGCUGACACUAGCAGUUUCCUGUAUAGACUCCGGCUGUCUCCAGACAGCCCAUAAAUUCAUCCUAUUCCAGUGAGAUUGGAUAUUUUUUGCAAUUUGACAAGUUCUAAAGUUCAUUGGGAAGAGUAAACGUGUGAGAAUACUAGUUGUGAGUACUGAUGCGUCAGUCGGGGGUGGCCGUGCCGUAGGAGGGGGGGUGGAGGGCACUCGGCCUGCGGGACUUCCCGAGGGGUGCUCAAGCGACCGUGACGAGUCCCGUGCGUGUGUCCUGGAGGGACAAGGGGGGCGGGCCGUGCACAGACCCAGCUGUUUGGGGGUUUAGGAUAAAAGCAGUAUUUACGGGGGAAAAGACGGAUUAUUUAGUAACUAGUACUUUAUCUUUGAAAGUUAGCUCUUUGCCUCAUAGUUUCCACAAGAAUUAAUUCCAGAGGGGAAAAUAUCAAAAAGUUCAAACUAUAAAAUUACUGCAGAAAAUACAGGGUAUUUUUGUACCUCUGGUGUGGGAAGGUCUGUUCUAAAUGACGUGAAACCUAAAAGGUUUUUAUAAUAAGGGAAAAGAUAGAUUUUUACCACAAACACAUUCAGAGUUUCUGCGUGAUGGAAAACAUCAAGGUUAAGACGCAAAUGACAGCUGGGGGAGAAAAUGCACACGAGGAGAAAAGCUCGCUAAGCAGCGAUGUAGAGCUGCAAGAGUGACACCGCGGCCCCCCGGGACACUCGGAAUCCCAUCUGUCCCGCAGUGCAAGAGACAAGGUCAUCAGCGUGGAGGGCGGUCUGUGGAGCGGAGCUCUUGGGACCUGAGACCGACGUGGCAAGAACUAAAAACUAACUAGUGCCAGGGGAAAGGCAGAUUCCCGGGCACAGCCUGCUGGACCAGUCUCUGAGAGGAGGGGCCAAGGAAUCUGCAUGGUAACAAGCUCCCAGGUGACCCUCUUGCACACCAAACCGGGCAGCGGGCCCCCAAGUUCGAGGCAAGCAGCAGCGCUGGACCGUGGCCGUGGAGUGCCGGCACUGAGGCCUCGCAGCUCUGACCGUUAACAAUCAGAGCUGGAGCCAGGACUGAACGCAGACAGAAGCACCUUCAGCCCCUGGAACUGGAUGGAAUUCUGUUCCUGCGCUUCUCUGUCCCCCUAGAACCACCCUGUUUGCGUGAAGAAGGGAGAGCUGUAUGGUGCGCCGGCACCCAGGCAGAGCGCUGGUGUGGCUUGUGUAGGGGGCAAGUGUGACCUCCAGUACCUGUGUAGGGGAGGUGACACCUGUACCCGGAAAUCGACCUGCGUACCACACUGUCACUGUGCUUCGCGGUGACACUCUGGCGCUCACGGAGGGGAAGAUCAGGCUGGGAACGAGGCUGGCCAUCAAAACCAAGAUCUCUAAACGUCUUUGUGUUUCUCUAACAAAAAUGUGUACGAAGAACAAACACUUCCCAGUGGCAGUUCUCACGGUUCCAUUUGUCUUCAUCCCCUGAGGACAAACCAGAUCCUUCCUAACAAACCUCAGUCUUAUUUAAGAGUCGGUGAGAAAUCAGUUCAGCUGCCAGGACCAAGUGGGCCUGCCAAGGGCUUCCACCCACUGCGACUCCUGACCUUUGACCUCCCCAGUUGAGAAUAAACCUGAACUGGAAGUGAACUCCGCAUAAUUAGGUUGUCUACGCACUAGCGGGUUGCGGAGGAGGCCUUCUUGGCACUUGGAAUGUGACAGGAAUGAAGAUUUAAGACACGGCGUUGAGUGUAAAAGCCUCGAGAUGCCUAGAAGCGGGUGUUCCCUGCUGGAAUGGCUAGGACUUAACGUUCCAGCUAGAGGAGGCACAGCAAUACUGCUGCCCCCUACUGUCUAAGAAUGCUGCAUGGAGUAUUUAAAAUGGGAAAAGCAUUUUCUAAUUGUAGGCCAGAAGCAGAACUUUGGGUUCCCAGCUCUGGCAAAGUGAGCCUCUGUGUAAACCGUGAGGCGCCCUAUUAUCACAGACUGAAGGUAGCCAUGUGCUAAUGUUAAUUUCUUGGUGUUGAUGGUUCUAGUUGGGUCACAUAGAAUUUCUGUGUCUACAUACUAAGGUGUUUAGGGGCAACAGGGCAUCCGGUUGGCACAUUAACGUCAAGUGGCUCAGGGGGGAAACUUGCGUACCCUCUACUUCCAACUCCCGUUUCUGAUGGUUUAAAAAAUUGAAUUUAAAAAAUAAAUAUCUUCUAUAUUGGCUCAGAUCAAA